UUGACAGACCGGAGCUUCGGAGCGGGACCGAGAGUAGCACAGCUGACAGUUGUGUUAACUGGGUUAGACUUGUUCUCUGAUCACUUUCACUUUGGGUUCACUUAUUGAUCGGCCUACAUUCACAGUCAGCUCACCGGAAGUAGAUUCUUUAUGAAUCCGACAGAAAGUCUCCUCCGUGACCAUGAGACCCUCCGGAGCGACACUUUGCCUUUGUUUGUGGUCUGUGCUGGACUCUCUGGUUCUGUUGGGGACCUGUUCCCCGGCUGUCCUUGAAGCUGUCGACAAGGACGCUUUCACCAUCCAGCAUGCAAGUUCAGAGCAGUGCCUGGGUACGGGGGCUUCCACAGACCUGACCCUCACCUCCUGCGAACCAAACAGCCAGACCCAGCUGUGGAAGUGGGGCUCAGGUCACCGGCUCUUCCAUGAAGCCACCUCCCUCUGCUUGGCGUUGAACGUCUCCUCUAAGACGGUGUCCCUGGUGGACUGUGGCUCUGAGGUCCCGCUGGUUUGGCGCUGCCAGGACAGGGCUGUGUACACUGCUUAUCAGAUGGUGUUGUCAGGCAGCGACGGCAAAGUCGCCGCCAAACGGGAUGCUAAUGAUACUUGGGUUAGAGGAGGAUCCCAGGACAACAUCUGCCAGAGACCGUACCGUGUCGUUCACACCACCAACGGGAACGCGGACGGCGCUCCCUGUCAGUUCCCCUUCAAGUACAAUGGCAGCUGGCAUCAUGGAUGCCUCCCAGAUGAAGAUCUUCCCCACAUGUCCUGGUGUGCCACCUCGUCGGAUUACGACCGAGAGAGGAAGAAGGGACACUGUCUAACAGCCGAGGAGGGUUGCCAGACUCUGUUCGCCGGGCCGGAAGGGGACUCCUGCUAUGAGUUUGUUUCCAUAGCUGCUGUGACCUGGCAUGAAGCUCUGGAUUCAUGUCGGAGUCAGGGAGCCGAUCUGCUGAGUGUGUCUGAGCCCGAAGAUCUCCACUCCAAAACCUUUUUGGCCGGCCUUGAAAGGAUGCCUGAGCGGAUGUGGUUCGGCCUUCAUCAGUUGGACACCUCUCAGGGCUGGCAGUGGUCCGAUGGCUCCCCUCUCUCCGUCCUGCGCUGGGAAACAGGAAUGCCGUACUCUGGUGUGAUCACUGAGUCAGACUGCGGAGUCCUGAACUCCAAACAGAAUUAUGAAUCUGACUCAUGCAACAAACGGCUGCCGUACAUCUGCAAGAAGAGAGUGAACGCCUCUGACACAGAGACAACAGAGUCUCUCGUGUAUAAAGAGACCGUGUGUCAGGACGGCUGGGUCCCGUGGAACGGCUGGUGUUACAAUUUGGUGGACAAACCUAUGAACUUCACAGACGCUCAGCUUCACUGUAACCUGACGGAGGGAGGAGGAGGAGGCUCUCUGGCCAGCUUUCACUCCAUCGACAGCAAAGAGAUGAUCAGCACCAACUUCCACGCAGAUGGUUUGUUACUGGACGUGUGGAUCGGUUUGAUCGGGUUUGGGGUCAGCCCCACAGUCUUCAAAUGGAUUGACCAGGCCCCUGUGACCUUCACCUACUGGGACCAGAACCAACCAGCUCAGCCCGUUCUGGAUACCAGCUGUGUCUACUACUCUGGAGAGCUCCAUCGGUGGCGUAUUGAGAACUGCACGGUGAGGCAGCCGUUUAUGUGUCAGAAGAAAGGAAAGGUGGAGGAGUCUGCAGCAAAAGGAUGUCCCUUUGAGGAUGGCUGGAGGAGACACGGAAACUCCUGUUAUCAGCUGAACACCAAAAAGGUCUCAUUCCAAGACCGCUGCAACGUCACCAUCAGGAACAGGUUCGAGCAGACCUUUAUAAACCGCUUACUCGCCGAGCACAUCAGCAAAGACCCGCAGUACUUCUGGAUCGGGCUGCAGGACAUUAAGAACACAGGGGAGUACCAGUGGCAGAGCCAUGAUGGAUCUCCAGGUGUGGUCACGUACGCCAACUGGGGCUGGUUUGAGCCAGAUCGAGAAGGAGGCUGUGCCGUCGUUUCCACGGUGAAACCUCUCGGCAAGUGGGAGGCCAAAAACUGCACCUACUUCAAGGCGGGAACCAUCUGCAGAUUAGACCUGGGCCCACCUCCACCUCCAGUACGAGAACCCGACCUCAACACCAGCUGCCCUGAUGGAUGGGUGUCCAAACCAAACGUCAAAUACUGCUACAAGGUGUUUCACGAGGAGAGGCUGAGCAGGAAGCGAUCCUGGGAGGAGGCCGAGAGGUUCUGUCAGGCUCUUGGGGGAAACCUGCCCAGCUUCACCAGUAAUCUGGAGAUGAGGACUCUGCACAGCAUCAUGAGAGACACCAUCAGCAACAACCGGUACUUCUGGGUCGGCCUGAACCGGAGAAACCCAGCAGAUCACUCCUGGCAGUGGAGCAAUGGCCAGCCUGUGUCUAUGGACGUGUUACACCAGGAUUUCUACGAGGAUGACGCAUACAGUCGUGACUGCACUGCAUUCAAGACGGCGAGGAGCACACUGAAGCACCUGUUUGUGUUUCUGCUCCACGACCUGCCUCCCACUCCGUUCUACGCCACACCGUUCCACUGUGACGCCCGGCUGGAGUGGGUCUGCCAAAUACCCCGCGGAGUAAAGCCGAAGAACCCGGAGUGGUACAAUCCUGACGGGCACCAUGAGACCUCCGUCUUCGUUGAUGGGGCAGAGUUCUGGUUCAUGAAGGAGCCUAAGUUAACGUUUGAGGAGGCCCAGCUCUUCUGCAGCAUGAACGGCAGCAAACUGGCUGCACCGACCAGCUCGACGGCUGCCAGCCGGAUCCACGACCAGAUUACAGAAAGGUCCAGCUCUACCAAACAUAGCUGGUGGGUAGAUCUGAGAGAGCCUGGGAGGAUAUUCCCCAUGACGUACACCCAGAUGUACUUCUAUCACUCCAUUUUCCUGGGAAGGUGCACCUCCAUCAGUCCUGAAAACUACUUCCCAGAGCACGAGCGCAGUUGCAGACAGCGGUUGUCUUUUGUGUGUGAGAAACACAACACCACAUCGGUGGAGAUUAAUCCUCACGAGCCUCGGCCCGAAGGUCUGCCCUGUGGGAACAGCUCUGAGUCCUUCAGAAACAAGUGCUACACUGUGAUGACCAGCCAGAAGCCCGUCUCAUUCAGUUAUGGAAACGAAGAGUGUCAUUCUCUGAGAGGAACGCUGGUCACUAUCUCAGACCAGGUGGAGCAAGACUUCAUCACCACUCUCCUGCCGAGGAUGAUGAACAUGGACAUGAUCUGGAUCGGUCUGAAGAUCAAACGUGACGACCCUGAGUGGGUGGACAACUCCCCCGUUAACUACCUGAAUUUCAACCCCCUGCUCCUCGGCAUGCACAGAGCCAUCAAAGUCAACACAUUGGAUCCAGCCAGUUUGGAUCUGUGUGUGUUCAUGAUCAAUAACCCAAACUCUGCCAUGCUGGGUACCUGGGACUAUUCCUCCUGCACACAGUUUCGAAAAUUGGGUGUUUGUCAGCACUAUGCAGAUAAACUGGAGGCGCCCAGCAUGCUCAAGGAGCCCUUCGAUGUGAAUAACCACACCAUCCUGCUGCUGGCUAAGAACCUGACCUGGUUUGAGGCUCUGGAGCAGUGCAGGAGUAAUAAAAUGGACCUGGCUAGUGUGUCCGACACCUUCCUGCAGUCCACCCUGACUGUGCAUGUGAGCCGGGCUAACACGCCCAUGUGGAUCGGGCUCUUCAGUGAAGAUGAUGGGAUCCAUUACCGCUGGACAGACCACAGUCACACCGUGUUCAGCCGCUGGUCCUCUGAUGUCACCGGAGGAUCGUGCGUCUAUCUGGACACCGAUGGCUUCUGGAAAGCCACAGAAUGUGAGGAGGAGCUCGGGGGCGCUAUCUGCCACAAACCACAUGCGGAGAUCAUCACCACACCGGAGGACGUAGCCGUGAAGUGUCCUCAUAAGAUCAACGGUCCAAACUGGAUCCCCUUCAAGAACAACUGCUACUCCUUCCAGCUGGUCGCCUCGAGGUGGGAGGAGUUCGACCAAGGGAGGAUUCACGACACCUGCAAAAAACUCCACGCAGACGCAGACAUCCUCACCAUCAGAAACCCAGAGGAGAACGAGUUCAUCCAGCAGCAGCUCGUCCCCUUUCGGAACCUGGUCCAGUUUGUGUGGCUUGGGCUGUUCCAGGAUGAAAACGAUAACCAGAUGAAGUGGUACGACGGCACUAAUGUCCAGUACUCUAACUGGGCUAAAGGCAGACCGGAUGUGCGCGGCCCGUUCUUGGCUGGAGUCACCAUCGACAGCAACUGGAUCCUGAUCAGCAACCGGAUCUUCUUCUCAGAGUUCAAACAGCAAAGCAUCGUGGCCUGCAAACUGGACAACGAACCAAAACACGAGUACAACCAGUCCUCCAAGGACAUCCAGCAGUACGGAAACUUAACGUAUGAGGUCAUCACGCGAAAGCUGAGCUGGUACCAUGCCGUGGAGGAGUGUGAACACCGGGGAGGUCGCCUGGCGAGUGUCCACGACAUCCAGCAUAGCGCACAUGUGAAGCUUAUCGCCAAAACAGACGGCUUCCCACUCUGGAUAGGACUGUCGAACCACGAUGUCAGCGGUCCGGCCUUUGAGUGGUCUGAUGGAACAAAGUUGGACUACAAAGCCACGGUCUCUGACGCUCAGGGGAGCUCCGGCUCGGGGAAACAGGAGAGCAGCUGUGUGUACGUAACACCUGCUGGAGCCUGGGUAAAGACCAGCUGCAGCACACUGAUCGACGGAGCCAUCUGUUACACCACCACCAUCACCACCCCAUCCCAGAGAGCCAGACUGCAGGCGGCCCCAGAGUCCAAUCACUGCCCUCAGAGUCAAGGCCAGUCCAUGUGGGUGCAGCAUGAGGAUCACUGCUACGCCUUCAACAGCAGCUUCUACAACUACAGCGUGUUCAGCAUGCAGCAAGCCAGAGACUUGUGUCAGAGCAUGGACGCUCAGCUGCUGACCAUCAAAUCCAUAGAGGAGAACGACUUUGUGUCACACCACCUGUCUGAUGAUCCGUUCAUCACCAGGAGAGCCUGGCUGGACCUGGACUUUGAUUCUCAAGGUAAGCCUGUGUCUUGGCAGGACGGCUCCUCUCUGUCCUACUCUAACUGGAAGUCUGAGGCGACGCUGACGGGGAAGAAGUCGGGGCCUCCCUGUGCCGUCAUGAUGUCCGGAGAUGAAAAUGGAAUCUGGAAUCUGGUGAACUGUGAGGCGAGCCACAGUCGAGUUAUCUGCAAAACUGGAGCCAAGUCCUCAGGCUCCCCGGUGGCUCUGGGUCUCUUCAUCGUGGUCGUCCUCGCUCUCCUCCUCGCCAUCGCCUUCAUCAUCUACAAGAAGAAGAGAUCCUACUUCUCCUCCACCGUCCGCUACAAGAGAACGUUCGACGAGUCUGACACCAACAGUAUUAUCACCGAAACUGACUGAGCUCGCUGUGUCGGUCGGCCUCAGGGAGAUCAGAUGUGCCUCCUCUUCCCCCUCCUCCUCUUCCUCCUCCUCCUCCUCCUCUGUGUGUGUUUUAGCCUUUUUUUCAGAAUGAGCGGAUUCAGCCUUUCCCCCUUUUUUAAAUUAUUUAUUUAUCCAGCUCGAGCCGACGUCUUCCUUUGAUUAUUUGUGAACCUGUAAAUAUUGUUAGAGAAUCGUGUAUAUUUGCCAAUCCAGCAUCUUAAUGUUUGAGUUUUUUGAAGAGCCCUGUGUGCUACCUAACGUAAACCUGCAGGCUGAAGCUUCUCCUCCUCGCUGGUGAUCGACGUGACGAGCGGGACGUUUUUGUUUGCUUCUGUUUUAAUUUGUUGAUUUGUAGAAAUAUGCCUCCUGACAGACGCUGCCUCAGCGUACAUCAGGGGUUCUUUGCACUGAUCCAUGAGUCACUCCAAACUACCAGAAACAAAAAAGUGCAAACUAAAGGUACUUAUUCUUUUAUAAAUCAAACUCUUCCAUCAGUGUCUUCAAACUUGAUCUCAGUCUCGACUAACCGGAGCAUUAAUCGACUUUUUAAACGUUCACCAAAAACACAAACAAACCUUUUAAUCUUCAGCUUCCUCUGAAAUACUCACUCAGUGCCUGACUCUAUCUCUCUGAAGUAUUUAAGAUCCAUUUCUUACCAAAGUAAGUCCUUCAGAUGUCCACAAGCCAAAGGCAGAAAUUAAAGACUGGAUCUUUAAUGUUUACUAAAACGCUCCUCACGCUGAGAUCAUCACAACAUGAAGUCUGCUUUGAGAGACGCACGUUGGUCAGAGUGAAACAAAGUGUGUAUAAAGUUGAACUGUUCCUUUAAAGAUGUCCUUAAUGUGCCUUUAAUCGUGUCUUCAGGACAGGUGAGGUCACUGGAUUGGCUCAUCUUAAAUGUAAUUUCUGAUUCUGUUGAUUUUUAAUUCCUGAUUCUUGUUUUAGUCGUCAUCAUGUGAACCAUGAAUCUGAUGUCCUGCUGAUGAGUCUUAAGAUGUGGACUCUGUCUUCCCCUCUAAAUGAUCCGACGCUGUGUGUUCGUUGUGUCUGUACGUAGAUCAAACUCUCCUAUGCACUUAACUACUGAGCGAGACGCACUUUAAUAGGUCGUAUUAUGUUGAAGCACAACGAAGCUUUAGAGGUGAUGAGACGUCCAAAUUGCACUGGCCUCUGCUGUGAAUGCUUUGUAAAUAUGAGCUGUUUGAUUUCUGGGGAUGAACCAAAGAUGCUCUGAUGGAUUGUUUGAAUGUUUUCUUUCUAGAACCGCCCGAGCGCGGCGGGUCGGCUCAUUCAUAUCACGUUCAGAACCAAAUGUUAAAGUUUGUUUUAAUUUCUCAUCAGAUCUCAAAUCAGGUACUGAAGCCUUUCAAUAAAAUUUACUGUCUUCAAAGUG